GGGCCGCCCGGUCAGGCCCGAGCGAGGCGGCGGCCCGGCUCCGCGCCAUGGGGCGGCUGCUGGCUGUGAGCGUGCUGGGGAUCGCGCUGGCGCUGCUGGGCGAGCGGCUCCUGGCGCUGCGAAAUCGACUUAAAGCCUCCAGAGAGAUUGAAUCCAUAGACCUUCCAAACUGCCACCUGAUUAAAGGAAUUGAAGCUGGCUCUGAAGAUAUUGACAUUCUGCCCAAUGGUCUGGCGUUCUUUAGUGUGGGUCUGAAGUGUCCAGGACUCCACAGCUUUGCGCCAGAUAAGCCUGGAGGAAUACUAAUGAUGGAUCUCAAAGAAGAAAGGCCGAGGGCACUGGAGCUUAGAAUCAGCCGCGGGUUUGACUUGGCUUCAUUCAAUCCACACGGCAUCAGCACUUUCAUAGAUGAUGAUGACACAAUUUAUCUCUUUGUUGUAAACCACCCGGAAUUCAAGAAUACAGUGGAAAUUUUUAAAUUUGAAGAAGAAGAAAAUUCUCUGUUGCACCUGAAAACAAUCAGACAUGAGCUGCUUCCAAGUGUGAAUGAUGUCAUAGCCGUCGGCCCAGCACAUUUCUAUGCCACCAAUGACCACUACUUCUCAGAUCCGUUCUUAAAGUAUUUGGAAACAUACUUGAACUUGCACUGGGCCAAUGUGAUUUACUACAGUCCAAAUGAAGUUAAAGUGGUAGCAGACGGAUUUGAUUCAGCAAAUGGGAUCAAUAUUUCACCUGAUAAAAAGUAUAUCUAUGUUGCUGACAUAUUGGCUCAUGAAAUUCAUGUUUUGGAUAAACACUCUAAUAUGAAUUUGACUCAACUGAAGGUACUCCAGUUGGAUACAUUGGUGGAUAAUUUAUCUGUCGAUCCUUCCUCGGGGGACAUCUGGGCAGGCUGCCACCCAAAUGGCCAGAAGGUCUAUGUGUAUGACCCCAACAAUCCUCCCUCGUCAGAGGUUCUCCGCAUCCAGAACAUUCUAUCUGAGAAGCCUACAGUGACCACAGUUUAUGCCAACAACGGAUCUGUUCUCCAGGGGAGUUCUGUGGCCUCCAUAUAUGAUGGGAAGCUUCUCAUAGGCACUUUAUACCACAGAGCUCUGUACUGUGAACUCUAAACUAUACUUCUGAAGUGCAGGUGUUAUAACUUCUCUUAACAAUUAAUUGUCAAUGAAUUUCUAAUUCUGAGGGAAUUUAACCAGCAACACUGAUGGAGAAAUUUAAGGCAUGUAAACUUAACUUUAUUUCAGGAAGGAGAGGCCCCUCUAGUUCUUUUAGCACUUUUAACAUAAAAGGAAAAUGAACAGUUUUUUUAAAAAAAACUAUAUGAAGCAAGGGAGAGAGAAAGAAAGACUGCUUUCCAAUAAAGUGCAUACCCUUGGUACAAAGUAAACCUCACCCUUGUCUCCCAACUGCCAAAACCUGGGUUCCACUGAAACAGGGUGAGGUAUGUAGCCUCAGUGCCAGCACUGUGACCACUGUGACUAUUCAGAACUACUGAUAGCAUCGUUAGAUGUUUUGUACUUACACCUUUGUUUACUACUAAAGCGUCGAGCUAUACGAGUAUUAAAGUGUGACUGAAAUCCAA